AUGCCAGCGGCGCUCUCGAAGAAUGCCAAGCGGCGCGCGAAGAAGAAGCAGCAGCGGUCAGAGGGACAUGUUUCGCCGCCUCAGCAUGUUGAGCCCGUGCGGACGGACACCGCACCCGCCGAGCCGAUGGAAAUUGUAGCGCCGCAUGUGGAUGGGCUACUCGCAGCACAAUUCGCCAACGUCUUGGAGCGCUACCAGCCACCCACGGAAGAGGAAGGGGAUGCACAGUCCAAAGGCGAAGUUAUCUAUUCAGACGAAGAUAUGGACGACGAGGAGGAAAAAGCCAAAAUGGCGUUCCCUCUUUCUCGGCGUCGGCAGCGCCAAAUGGCGCGCAUGAGCGCGGCAGAAUUGAAGCAAAUGGUGGACCAUCCCGAGCUGGUCGAAUGGGCAGAUACCGCUGCAGCAGAUCCGUGUCUUCUUGUGCAUUUGCGCACAGUGCGCAACGCCGUGCCUGUGCCGUUGCACUGGGGCGCAAAACGCGAAUAUUUGUCCCAGCGCCGCGGCAUGGCCAAGAAGCGCUACGAACUACCCUCGUACAUUGCCGAAACCGGCAUUUCGUCGUUGCGCGAAUCGAUCAAUGCGUCCAACGUGGAGAAAUCAGUCAAGGCCAAGACGCGCGAGCGCGUACAGCCCAAGCUGGGGCGUAUGGAUAUCGACUACCAAAAGUUGCACGACGCUUUCUUCAAGUUCCAGACGAAGCCUACUUUGUCGCAGUAUGGCGAGACGUACUACGAGGGGAAAGAGUUUGAGGUGGGCAUGCGGAAGCGCCGGCCUGGCGAAGUAUCGGCUGCGCUGAAGGAGGCACUUUCCAUUCCGCCUCUUGCGCCGCUGCCGUGGCUUAUUGCGAUGCAGCGCCACGGCCCGCCGCCGAGCUAUCCACACCUGCGCAUUCCCGGCCUGAAUGCACCGAUCCCCAAAGGUGCUCAGUGGGGCUUCCAUCCAGGAGGCUGGGGACGCCCGCCGCUCGAUCAGAAUGGGAAUCCUUUGUAUGGCGAUGUCUUUGGCGAGCAGGAGUGUCCAGAGUCGGCACAAAGCGCAGCUGUUUCUGGGCCACGUGAAUACUGGGGCGAGAUGGAGCCGGAGGAGUACGAUGAGGAAGAGGAAGAGGAAGAGGAGGGAGAGGAAGAAGAGGAAGAGGAAGAAGAGGAAGAAGAGGAAGAAGAAGAAGAAGCGGAUCUUGGCGGAACGGCAGGCGUCGAGAUCGAGAGCGCACCCACCGCUUCUGGCCUCAUUACUCCGUCUGGCAUGCAGUCCGUUCCAGAAGGGCUCGACACACCUGCGCAUAUUGAACUACGCAAGCAGCCGCCCAGCCAUGCACACCCUACAGGCCCUCCUCCUUCCGGUCCGCCCCCACAACUAUACCAAGUCAUUCCUGAGCGUGAGGGGGGCGCUCGCGGUCGUGGAUUUAUGGGCAGCGACCGCCUGUACGAUUUUUCGAAUGGUGAUGAGGCGUCGUAG